AUGAGUGAUAUCAGCGUAGAAGUGGGGAUUAUAUUCUUUCUUCAGACUGGAGUGGGCAUCAUGGGAAACUCCUUGCUUCUCUGUCUUUAUGGUUUCACUUUGCUCACUGGACAAAAGAUGAGACCCACAGACCCGAUCCUCAACCAACUGGUUGUUGCCAACAACUUAGUUCUCUUCUUCAGAGGGAUCCCUGAGACAAUGUCAGCUUUUGGAUGGAAGGAUUUCUUGGGUGAUGCUGAAUGUCAACUUGUUUUAUAUCUUCAUCGUGUUGCUAGAGGGGUUUCCCUUAACACCACAUGCCUUCUGAGUGGCUUCCAGGCCACCAAACUUUGUCCCAGAUUCUGUUAUUGCAAGCAGCUCUGUAAGAGAUGCCCAAAAUGUGUUGGCGUCUGUGGCUUCUAUUUUUGGAUCCUGCAACUCUUGUUAAAUAUGUAUAUUCCUAUGGGAGUAACUGGCCCAAGGGGCAGUCAAAAUAUAAGUAUGAACACAAAUUACAGAUACUGUUCCUCACCUAUACCGAAAAAAUACAUAGUUUUAUUAAAUGCAGUCCUGUACUUUGCCAUUGAUGCUAUAUGUUUGGUGUUCAUGAUUUUGGCUGGUGGAUCUAUGGUCCUUGUCCUGUACAAUCACAAGCAACAAGUUCAACACAUUCGCAGUCACAGCCUCUCAUUGAGACUUGGCCCAGAGGACAGAGCUACACACACUAUUCUGAGCCUGGUGACCAUGUUUGUUUUCUUCUUUGGUCUCUCUUCCAUUUCAACUCUCUCUGUUGCUCUUACCAGGAACCCAAACAAGAGGUUGAUUGAUGCUGCUGCAUUCCUAGCUGCAUGCUUCCCUGCAUUCAGCCCCUUUCUGCUCAUCAGUUGUGACACCCGUGUCUCUCACAUCUUUGAUAUGUGUUGUAGAAAAAAAUCUCUCUCAUAA